UACGUGGUGACGUAAACGGGCGUUUACAUUGGGAAAGUUCGUUUUGCUUGGCCCUGUGGCCCGUCUCAGCGGAGUUUAAAUGUUUUAAAACAAAGGUGUCAAACUCAUUCCACGGAGGGCCGAGUGUCGGUGGGUUUUGCGUUCUUCCCUUGUACUUGAGUGAUGAAUUAAGGUCAGUAAUUUGUAAGGAAUUCCUCACACCUGGUGGUCUUGGGCUGAAAUUGAAAGGGAAAAACAAAACCUUCGCAGGCCAUAGGCCAUCCAUGGAAUGACUUUGGCACGCCUGUUUUAGACCAUCCCAUUAUUGGUCCUUAAAGAAAAUCUCCACCCACCCGAGACAGCUGGCCAUGCAAAACGAACUGGCCCAUUGAUACUUCGCUCGAUACUGAACAGAAUGACAUCUCCAUACAUUAUUUAAAAACAAAUGUUGGGCUGUAUUUGUUGAGUUUGAACUGCUUUGUGAAAGUAGGCUACUGUUUUGUCAACUUCCGCACAACGGGAACAGGAAAAAGUGCGCCUAUGCAGGCUACUUGUAAUGUAGUCUAUGAGUGACUUGUCUAGUUUACCCUUUGCAAAGCGAAUUAUUGAAUGGUUGUUUAGCGAACCGAAACGUCACAUGUUCAUCUCGGGGAAUGCCUUUACUUUAAACUACUUUAUUUGCUAACGUGGCAUCAAAUAGAGAUUGGUGUCGGUUGUAGUUUCUGAUUGGUUAACUUCGAGUGGUGGUGUAGCUGGUUUGGCUUGUGUCCCAAAACUAGAGUACUGUCAAAAGAUCUGGGAGCUGUCGCAUAGUCAAGCUGGUCCGAACACUCACUAAAAUAUAAGAGAGAGGCAUACGUGUCUGUAUUGUAUUCACUUGCCCGUCUUAAUUAGUAAACUUCAACAUGAGCGGCGAAAAUGAAAAACCCUCCUUGGUUUAUGGCGAAAUCAAAGACAAUCAAAAUGUGUUAGAUCUGGAAAAAAUUACAAUUAUGAAGUCUGCCGUUGACAGCGAGGACGUGCGCAUGGAGCACAAGAUACGACUCAACCAGAACGGGGACGAUACAAACCAAACCAUCAAACUAUACAAGCGGCGAUGGUUCAUCGUGUUGCUAUUCAGCUCGUAUUCUCUCUGCAACUCGUUCCAAUGGAUCCAGUACGGAAUUAUCAACAACAUUUUCAUGAGGUUCUACGGUGUAGAGUCUUUCACUAUAGAUUGGAUGUCUAUGAUAUACAUGUUGACUUACAUCCCCUUCAUAUUCCCGGUCACCUGGCUACUGGAUAAGAAGGGGCUCCGUGUCAUUGCGCUGGUGGCUACAGCCAUGAAUUGCGCGGGGACUUGGAUCAAAGUGACCAGUGUGAGACCCAACCUGUUCGCAGUCACCAUGCUCGGACAGUUCUGUUGCUCCCUUGCGCAGGUGUUUAUCCUUGGGAUGCCGUCGAAGAUCGCCUCGGUGUGGUUUGGGUCGGAGGAGGUGUCCACCGCUUGCUCCAUCGGGGUCUUCGGAAACCAGCUGGGUAUAGCCAUUGGGUUCCUAGUCCCUCCCAUCCUGGUGCCUAACAUUGAGGACAUGGAUCAGCUGGCCUAUCACAUCAGUAUCAUGUUCUACAUCACAGCAGGAGUUGCUACCCUGCUCUUCCUACUGGUUGUCAUGGUGUUCCAGGAGCGUCCAGAGCUCCCUCCCACCCAGGCCCAGGCCACAGCUCGCUGUAUCUCUCCAGAACAGUACUCCUACACCGCCUCCAUCCUCAGGCUGCUCCGAAACAAACCCUUCCUCCUCCUCAUCCUCACAUACGGACUGAACGUAGGCUGCUUUUAUGCUGUGGGCACGCUACUGAACCGCAUGAUCAUCGAGCACUACCCUGGUGAAGAGUUGAAUGCAGGGAGGAUAGGUCUCACCAUCAUUAUCGCUGGCAUGGUGGGAUCACUGAUCUGUGGCAUCUGGUUGGACAGAACCAAAACAUACAAACAGACUACCCUGACGGUCUACCUCAUGUCCUUCGUAGGGAUGUUAGUCUACGCCUUCACCCUCAGUCUGGGUCAUCUCUGGGUAGUCUUCCUCACCGCUGGAGCUCUGGGGUUCUUCAUGACAGGCUACCUGCCCCUGGGCUUUGAGUUUGGAGUGGAGCUGACCUACCCUGAGUGUGAAGGAACCUCUUCAGGCCUGCUCAACUGCUCUGCACAGGUGUUUGGUAUCAUGUUCACUAUCUGCCAGGGGAAGAUCAUAGAUAACUACGGGACGCUGGCAGGAAACAUCUUCCUCUGCGUCUUCCUCUUCAUCGGAUCGGUCCUCACAGGCUUCAUCAAGUCAGACCUGCAGAGACAGAAGGCCAACCAGUUAGCAAAGGCAACUUAAGUCAGAAGUCGUCAAAUUUGACCACUUUGAUAGAUGUUUUGACCUCAAUAGGACAACCUGAUCAGGUCGCUCUCAGACAACUUAGUAACAUCAUUUUCCAUUUAUUGAGAGCAGUAACUCCCCUCAAUUCAAAAUAACUUCUGAAGUUUUGUCAAUGUAUGUUUGUUUUGGUAACACUUGACAAAACGUUAUAACGCGGUCAUAACAGCUGACCUAACUGUCGUGAUAUGGUCAUAACACUGUCAUGACAUAUAUUUAAACCUAUUGUGACACAGUUCAUUCCAAAAGUAUUCAGACCCCCUGAUUUUUUCCCCCCACAUUUUGUUACAUUAAAUCGUUAUUCUAAAAUUGAUGAAAUAGUUAUUUUUUUCCAUCAAUCUACCCAUAAUGACAAAGCAAUAACAAAGUUUGCAGAAUUUUCUUUACAAAAAUGGAAAUAUCACAUUUACAGCAGCGAUGACAGCCUCGAGUUUUCUUGGGUAUGACGCUACAAGCUUGGCACACCUGUAUUUGGGGAGUUU